UCUGUUUCUGACACCUGUCAAGCGUUUCCAAAAUCGUGUGGAGGUUAUGUUAUGUUUCCCGAGAGCUGAAAAUUGUCUUAACUAAUUAUGUCUGAUAAUGUCAGCACCGCAAGCUUAGAAGUAUUUCGGGAAUACUGAUACAGAGAUCACAGUGCAAUAUAGUACUUUAUAACCUCUAAACUUAUGACAUAACCUUUGAUAACUUGAGAUCCUAAUAAUUGGUUAUUUCAUGACUUAAACCAUACAUUUAUUGACUAGAAAAAUGUAUAAAACUCUUAUAUUUAGACGAUUUCCAACAAAAAUAUUUAAAAAUGAAUUUUUUCCUCAAGUAUGUGGAUUCAAGAAGGUUCCCUUGAAUUUUAGCCACCAAUGGGCUAGGCAACUAUCAAUAUCUUAUGUUUGCUGUAAGAAAAGAAGAUCGCCGGAAGAAAAGGUAACAGAGAAUCAGGGUAGGCCGGCAAUCAGGUAUUCACCAAAAAGUUCAGAAGUGGUCGGCAUAUGGCGUAACAUGACUGUGCAGGAAGUAGCUACAGUCCUCGACAAAGAUAUAGAUCAUGUAUUCAAAGCGCUAGAGUUUGCGGACAAGAAUUCUGAUGUAAAUUACACAAAGAACACUGUGAUACACAACCCUCAGAUCAUCAGGGAUAUUGUCAAGAUAUCCGGCUGUCGCUUCAAGAUAGUACCUAAACCUGAUCAGGAUUUAGAAGAUGAGGAGAACAAAGACGCAGUACCGCAGCCCCCCGCCCCGCCCGAGAAGCUCCGCCCCCGGCCGCCAGUAGUCUGCGUGAUGGGCCAUGUAGACCACGGCAAGACUACCCUACUAGACGCACUAAGAGACACCGCUGUAGUAGACCAGGAGUUUGGAGGCAUUACUCAGCAUAUUGGAGCUUUUGAAGUGCAACUAGCAUCAGGCGACAAAGUGACAUUCCUAGACACGCCGGGUCACGCGGCGUUCACGGCGAUGCGUUCACGCGGCGCCCACGCGACUGACAUCGUCGUGUUGGUGGUGGCUGCUGAUGACGGCGUGAUGGAGCAGACUGUGGAAUCUAUUAGGAUGGCGAGGGAGGCUAAUGUUCCAAUACUUGUGGCGAUCAACAAAAUCGACAAACCAGGUGUGAACAUUGAACGCACAAUGCGCUCUCUAGCGACACAAGGCAUAGUUUGCGAAGCGCUCGGCGGUGACAUCCAGGCCAUACCCGUGUCUGCUUUGAAGAAACAGAAUCUUGAUACGCUGGUCGAAGCUCUGACUUUGCAAGCCCAGCUCAUGGAGCUGAAGGCUGACCCUGGAGGGUAUGUUGAGGGUGUCGUUAUAGAAGCCCUGUUGGACCCUAGGACUGGAAAACAAGCAACAGUAUUAGUACAACGCGGUACGUUACGGCGAGGGAGCAUCAUUGUCGCAGGCAACGGGUGGGCUAAGGUUAGAGUACUAAACUCGGCGGAAGGCAGGUCGGUACAAGAGGCGCCGCCGUCAACACCCGUGUCAGUACUCGGCUGGAGGGAGCUGCCCUCAGCCGGUGACCAGGUGCUGGAAGUUAGUUCUGAGAAACGUGCCAACGAGGUAAUGCGGUGGCGUCACAACCAGCGCAUGAAGGAGAAGCAAGCCGCCGACCAGGAGGUCAUCGCUGCCAAGGAGGCGGCUCAUCACGAGCAGUACGCGGCCAGGCUCGCCCGCAAGCGAGCACUGGGCAGAUACAAGCUGCGAGCCGACGGACCCAGGGAGAAGAUGAUACAACAUGACAACCAUCCCACGCUCACUGUCAUCGUUAAAGGUGAUGUGGACGGUUCAGUGGAGGCUAUCCUGGACAUCUUGGAGACGUAUGACGAGCACGACCGAGUCAGGCUGGACUUGGUGCACUUCGGUGUGGGACCCGUCACGCCUAAUGAUUUAGAGACGGCAGAAAUGUUCAAAGCUGUGAUUUACGCGUUCAACGUGGACUGCCCGCCGGCGAUAUCGGUCGACGCCAAGAAAAAGAACAUACCUGUCAAGAUGCAUAACGUCAUAUAUAGGCUGGUUGAUGAUGUGAAAGAGGAAAUCAGUGCCAGGAUACCUAAGACGACUGAGGAGGAGAUUAUUGGCGAAGCGAAUGUCCUACAAGAAUUCAUAGUGACUGAGAACAAGAAGAAAGUCCCAGUCGCCGGCUGCCGCUGUGUGAAGGGCACGCUCAAUAGGAACGCGCUGUAUAGGGUUAUAAGGGGACAAGAGGUCAUUUUUGAAGGUAAACUAGCAUCAAUGAAACACCUAAAAGACGAGGUAACCACAAUAAAGAACGACAUGGAGUGUGGGCUGCGCUUCGAGCCGGCGCUUCAGGUGCAGGCGGGCGACAGCGUCGUGUGCUACUGCCGCCGAGCCGCCGCCGCCAGCACGGCCUGGGACCCCGGCUUUUAGUUACCGUAACAUAAAUUAUAGAAAUAAUUUAUAUAGUUA